UUAAAAGGAAACUAGGUGAGGCCACUAACGGAGAAACUAUUCUCAUUUCUGAUGGGGAGAAUAAUGCAGGCAACAUUGACGAAUCAAGAGGAAAGAUGUUAACAGAAAAGGUCAUAUUGCACACUGUCUCUGUCACUCAAGAUGCCGAUCUUGUUCUAGCUGAUAUUUCAAAAGAAAGCGGCGGGAAACAUUUUACAUACCUGGAAACUGGAACAUCUAGUUUUAUUGCUUUAUUUGACGAAAUAAUAGUUAGCAGUCACACGUCUACCUCGAAACAAGCCGUUGUGCUUGCAUCAGAAAGAAUAAGCAGCACAACAUCAAAUAUAGUCAAAUUGGCAUUUCCUAUUGAAAAGAAUCAAGGAGAAAAUACAUUUUUUGCUGUAAUAGUACAAUCUGCUUACAACGGUCGAUUGGAACUUACUCUAACUGGUCCAAAUGAUUUGUCCAGAACAAUUAGUACUGCAGAAAAGACAGCUACUCUUGGGAUUCCAGAUAUAGCUCAGGUACAACAAUCUUGCUAA